GUUUUUAAAUUUGCAGUUCAUAUAGUUCAUGUACAGGCUGUGAGCGUUAAUGUUGGUAGUGCGCGUACGAUCACGCACGUUACGAGUGUUUCUCCCCAUUGUGACAACGAAUCUCUCGGUUGUUGUGAGUGGAAAUCGGCUCGAGAGGCUGCCUCUCCUCAGAUCAGUGUCUGUGUUGUUUUGGUUAGCUGCUCUGUUUGCCGUUUCACGCUCGGUGUUAUGAGCUGUAAUCCGCCAGCGUUCCUUUCGAUCAAUUGAUCUGGAAGUGCACAAAGUAUCCCAGUCGGUUAUUUAUAUGCUCUCGGUGAUAUGUGGCAAUACUAAAUCCAGUGUCGACAUGACAUUACACAAGGGAUUAGGAUCUAGAUUUCUCAAUUGAAGGCUCCUGCUGUCGGUAGUAAACACUGACCCAGCCAGGCAGCUUGUUUUGCCCUGACUUUGCUGAAAACUGGAGGGUCCUACUGAAAGCUGCCCUUGGAAAGUCUCUGAUUAUCUGAAAUAAAAUUUUAAAAAAUGAAAAACCAAAAAUGUAUCAUAUUUUGCGUAUUUAUGGGAAUAAUAUCAAGAAUAGUGUUUCCAGCUGAGACCGUUAUUGGCGUAGUUUAAGAUAUGGGUGGUGAACACUGUAUAUCAAAGAAGAAUGAGCUGGAAUUUCCUGACUGACAGAUUCAGGCUGUUGACCCUGUUGAUCUCGGAAGGUGAUACUAAGAUUAAAUGUGCACUAAGUGUUUAAAAAUAAAAAAAAGAAGGAAAAAAAAAAGGACAAAACAGGCACCACCUUUCUACCUGCAGGCUUAAUGGGCAGCUUUGCGCUCCUGCGUCGGCCAAAUCCACAACGGGACGCUGUGUGAGGGCGUGGGAGCGAGAAUGUCGAAAUUCAAGUUCCGAACGUCAGAGUCUGUCGUCAGUGCCGGCUCCCCAUUGGCUGAGCCCUGGUGCUGGCUCCCCACCUGUGUUCUCACAGCUCCGCGCGGCGUCUUUACGCCAGCCCUGGGGCCGCCUUUCUGCCUUUCCAAACGGCGGGAGCACUGAGUCACCACCGGUUUCCUCUGCAGUCAGGACUGCGCGUCUGCGGGAAAGGAAGGUACGCUCCUGAGAGGCGCCCUGCGCAACGGAACUGAGAGCGUCUGAAGCAGCGGCCUCCGCUCCAGCCAACCCUGGUCCGGGAGAGCUACAGGGGUCUGCUGGUUUUUUGUUUUCACCUUAAAAUCAGCACCCGGUUGAGACCCAAGACGAGACCAGCUGGCCGUUGAAGUUGACGAGAAGCCGUGGGAGUGCAUUCCGGAGAGCGGACAAUCGGCCUUUCGGACACUGUGAGCUUGGGGGGGGGGGAGUGUGGAGAGAGAGAGGCGGAGAGUCGGAGACACAGAAGGAGCGCCUUUGGUCAUGUGGACCAGGGUCGCUCAGCUGUUUCUGGUCAACGCCCUGUCCUGUGGCCUGGAGAUAUGCAUGUCCACCGGGACUAUCUACAUACCACCGCUGCUGCUGGAAGCCGGGAUGGAGGAGCGCUUCAUGACCAUGGUCCUGGGUCUGGGCCCGGUGCUGGGGCUGGUGUUCGUGCCCAUGAUCGGCAGCGCCAGCGACCGGUGGAGCGGGCGCUUCGGGCGGCGGCGGCCCUUCAUCUGGGCGCUGGGCGCGGGCGUGCUGCUCAGCCUGUGGCUGAUCCCCCGCGCGUCCAGCCUGGCCGCCCUGGUGGCGCCGCGCCGCCGCUUCCUGGAGGUGCUGCUGCUGGUGGCGGGCGUUAGCCUGAUCGAGUUCUGCGGCCAGGCCUGCUUCACGCCGCUGGAGGCCCUGCUGUCGGACCUGUUCCCCGGCGAGGAGGAGAGCCGCCGGGCCUUCUCCGUCUACGCGCUGAUGGUCAGCCUCGGCGGCUGCGUGGGCUACCUGCUGCCCGCCGUCGACUGGAACGCCGGCGCCCUGGCCGACUACGCGGGCGGCCAGGAGGCCUUCAUCUACGCCCUGCUCACCCUCAUCUUCCUCCUCUGCAUGCUGAGCACCGCCUUCAUCUCCGAAGAGCGGGGAGGAGGGGACGCGUCCAGGAAGCGGCCGGCCGCCGCUGCCGCCGUGGGCCCCCCCGCCGCGUGCUGCCUCCGCCCCGCCCCGCCCCACGCCAAGCACCUGCGCCUGGCCCUGGGGGGGUGCCUCUCCGCGCUGCCCCGGCUGUACCGCGCUUACCGCCAGCUGCCCCUGGUCAUCUGGCGCCUCUUCCUGGCCGAGGUGUGCAGCUGGAUGGCGCUCAUGACCUUCCUGCUCUUCUACACGGACUUCGUGGGCGAGGGGCUCUACCAGGGGGUGCCCACCGCCGCCCCGGGCUCUAUGGAGAGGCUGCGCUACGACGAGGGGAUACGGAUGGGGAGCCUGGGCCUGUUCCUGCAGUGCUCCACCUCGGUGGUCUUCUCCCUGCUGAUGGACAGGCUGGUGCGGUCGGUGGGCAUGAGGGCGGUGUACCUGAGCAGCAUGGCCGUACUGGCGCUGGCCACCCUGGUGAUGAGCCUCUCCCGCAGCCUCCCGCUCGUCACCGUCAUGGCCGCCGCCACCGGCUACACCUUCAGCACCCUGCAGAUCCUGCCCUACACCCUCACCUGCCUCUACCACGCCGACAUGCAGGCAUUUUUCCCUCGUUCCAAUUCACAAGCGUCCGAGGACCUAGAAAUAGCAGAGAGGACGUUGAUGCUGCCCCCUGGUGGCAUCAAGCAGCACUGCAGCAACGGGCAUCCCGGCGGGAUGCCGGGGUUGGGGUCUCCGGCCUCGGGGCUGGUCGCCGCCCCCACGCUGGGCCUGUACGUGUCGCUGCCCCUGGACGUCCCGCUGGCCACGCCCCCCCGCGGGUUACCGUCGGAGCCGCCGCGCGGGAUGGGCCUGGACCUGGCCAUCCUGGACAGCGCCUACCUGCUGUCGCAGCUGCUGCCCUCGCUGCUCCUGGGCUACGUGGUGCAGGUCACCCGCAGCGUGGCCACCUACAUGGCCUGCGCCUCCGCCUUCAGCCUGCUGGCCAUCUGCAUCUCCAGCAGGGUCAUCUUCGACAGGGCCGACCUGGAGCGCCGUGGGGUCGGACCGGCCCGGACCCAGGCCCCGGCCCGGAAAGGCUUUCUGGACGAAAGAACUUGAUACGGCAGCGGGGAGUCAGUCCACUAUCGCCCAGUCCAGCACCAAACUAUAUUUCCUUUUUUGAUUUAAAAAAAAGAAAGGAAGAAAAGAAGUGGAUUUAGUUGACUGUGCAGUGUUUACAUUACAAUGGUGAAAUUCUUUCGUGUAACAGAUAAGGAAAAGGGUGUGGAAAAGCAGAAGCCAGUGGGAUGGGUUUGCCUGGUGCGCAGCCUUAUUCAGGGAUCUCGGACAGAGCUGGGCUCUCUCUCCGUUAGGAAAUAUCUUUCUCUCAGGGAUAUGACAUCAUGGCACCACCUCUGGUUCGAACCUAUCCGGAGCCUGGAGUCCGGAGCGUUCUACACUGUUUACACGCCAUCACAGAAGCCUGCUUAAAAAACGUGCCCUCAUAGAUAUAACUUUUUUUUGGCAGCAAAGCAAGUGCAAAUGUUUGGACGUUAUAGGAGCACUAUAUCAUUUUUAAAAUGUGGAAUAUGACACAUUAAUCUCUCCAAAUUUGGAGACAUCAUCGUGUUGGAGGGAGGGUCAUGGGGCAGGAUAAAGCUACAAUAUUUGCUCUCAGGGACUAUGACAGCAGAAAAUGGCACGUAUUUUCUGCUUGUACGAGCAGUUCACUAUCACCAACUUUUUUUUUUUUUUGCAACUUCUGGUUUCCCCAAAAAGCUGCAUGACUCAUUUUGAAGUGACCAUCGCUGAUGAGUGGUUAAAUGGAUGCUGGUCUUAACCCACGGAAGAGCAGGCCUUUUUGAAUGCUUUUCAAACUUCUGAGUCAGUGUUCUAGAACCCCAUCGCUUUCCGUUACCAGCAGUGAUUGUGAGACAUCAGCAUUAGAAUGUUCUGUAACAAACAUUCUAAUCACAUAUUUGUGAUCUUACACCCUCAGCUAGAUCUAGUCUUUCAUAAGUUUCACCGAAGCCAGGUUUGUGAGCAUUUUGUAGCUUUCCAUUGAAGCCUGUGUAGUUAUCCUUUAGAAUGCUUGCAAAAAAUUGUUUAGUGUAUUGAAUGCAGCCAAUAACUGCCUCAGGAACUAUCCAGUUGCACAAAAAGAUGAUGCGUAAAACGAAAGACAUGUAGGCCUAAAUCUUACUGUAAAGGGUGUCGGUCUGCUGAGCUCAUGAUGUACAAUGAAAGGUGAAACAGUAAGCGCUGCUGAACAAUGCUGUACAUUUCUCCAUUGAGAGGGUUUCUGCCUGACUGACAGGACCAGGGUUCAAUAAGAGUGGUCAUGUGUUUUUUUAUUUUUUUUUUUAUUUAUCCUUUAGUUAUGCUGCUUUUCUCAAUGAUCAUGAACUCUCCUUUGCAAGAGAGAGAGAGAGAGGUCCGUUACGAUUGAUUGAGGGGUAGGGUGAAGUGAAUACAUGUGCUGUAGCACAAUCCAUCAACAUUUACAUUACGAUUUACAUUUAGGAAUAUAGCCAACGCUCUUGUGCAGAGUGACUUACGUAAGCGCGCCCAUACAGGUUUAGCUAACAAACAGCGCUGACGAUAAAUCAUCAGACUCACAACUGGCGAGCUUGAUAAGGGGGCCAGUCCAUUAUCACACACACACACACAAUAUUUGUAUAUACAGUAAAAUGUUUCACACGUAGAAGCCAGUGUGCCUCUCAUCAAAGCCCACAGCUCCAUCUGAACUUAUCUGCUUCAGAUGGCAAUCGCGGUACAACUGACGGAAAUGUUCCUGAAUUUCGUACAAAUUAAUCCAGCACGAGAAGCGCUUUCGUCCGCUCACGUUCCUCGUCUGGUUAUUUAUUAAUAACGCAGCGAAGGUUUAACGUCUGCAACCUCUCCCUCGACUGGCUUCCUCUGCAUUUUCAUUGGUCUGUAAAUGCAGUUAUGAAUGCGCUGUUGUGGGUGUAAUGGCUUUACUGUCUCAGGAGUGCCUUUGGUAAAUCUCAGAGAAGGGUAUUAUCAUUAUGCAUCUUUUUUUAUAGACUGAGGUAAGAAACUAACUACUGCAUCGAAGCAAGCUUUUAAAAUUAUAAACAAAUGAAAGGAUUACUGUAGAAGGAAAAAUACAACCAAAGUCAAAGUGCCAAAGUGAUCCAUAAGCAAUAAAUGAUGAGGUCAUUGGAGAGGCUGAAAAUUUUAUACUGCUGCUAGCCAAAUGUGGUGAUGCAAUCAUAUGAUAUUUCAGCUGUUCAGGUGACGUAAUGCCUUAUAUAGUAUGACUGCUGUUUGAAACAACAAGGCCUGGUCAAGCCUGGCAAUCAAACAAAGUUAACCAAACCAUCUGAAAGGGCAGAUA